CGCCGGUUCUAGGAAACUCAGAGGAGUUGACCGAAAGCUUAGGCCAGAGGGGGUGUGAGGUUGUAAUUGUAGUUUUCUCUAAUGGAUAGUCAAGGCAGGAAAGUUAUUGUAUGUGACAAUGGAACUGGGUUUGUUAAGUGUGGCUAUGCGGGAUCCAACUUCCCAGCCCACAUUUUCCCAUCAAUGGUUGGGCGACCCAUCAUUCGUGCAGUUAAUAAGAUUGGUGACAUAGAAGUGAAGGAUAUGUAUGUCAAAGAAUUUGCUCACGUACCAGACUUGAUGGUUGGCGAUGAAGCCAGUAAACUUAGGUCCAUGCUUGAAGUGAACUACCCCAUGGAAAAUGGAAUAGUUAGAAAUUGGGAAGAUAUGUGCCAUGUGUGGGAUUAUACAUUUGGUCCUGAGAAAAUGAACAUUAAUCCACAGGAUUGCAAAAUCCUGUUAACUGAACCUCCAAUGAAUCCCACAAAAAACAGGGAAAAGAUGAUUGAGGUGAUGUUUGAGAAGUACCAGUUUGCUGGUGCAUACAUAGCGAUUCAAGCAGUUCUAACUUUGUAUGCACAAGGUCUGUUGAGCGGUGUAGUUGUGGAUUCAGGAGAUGGUGUUACACAUAUUUGUCCUGUGUACGAGGAAUUUGCUCUUCCACAUCUCACCAGGAGGCUGGACAUUGCAGGGAGAGACAUUACUCGUUACCUUAUUAAGUUGUUGCUGUUGAGGGGCUAUGCUUUCAACCAUUCAGCAGACUUUGAGACUGUCAGAAUUAUGAAAGAAAAACUGUGUUACAUUGGAUAUAAUAUAGAAACAGAACAGAAGUUAGCUCUGGAGACAACAGUUCUUGUUGAACCAUACACACUACCAGAUGGACGUGUGAUUAAGGUUGGUGGGGAAAGAUUUGAGGCACCUGAAGCUCUAUUUCAACCACAUCUUAUUAAUGUUGAAGGACAAGGCAUUGCGGAAUUGGUGUUCAACACAAUUCAAGCAGCAGACAUUGAUAUGCGAACUGAACUUUACAAACAUAUUGUAUUGUCUGGGGGUUCAACCAUGUACCCUGGAUUGCCCAGCAGAUUGGAGCGUGAAAUCAAGCAGCUGUACCUUGAACGAGUGUUGAAGAAUGACAUAGACAAACUAUCGAAAUUUAAAAUUCGAAUCGAAGACCCGCCACGGCGUAAGGACAUGGUGUUCAUCGGUGGUGCUGUGUUGGCUGAUGUGACAAAGGACCAAGACACAUUCUGGAUAUCGAGUGAAGACUAUCAGGAAAAAGGAGUUGGUGUGCUCAAGAAACUGGGAGUGAGAGCCAGCUAGAACGUUUGGGCUCGAGCAAAUGGUCAUAAAUUUGCUUAUAAAACUGAUUGCUCUAAGUCAUGUUGAAUUGACUGCAUUAGCAUCCCUUAUCUCUAAAUAGGAGGCUCAUGUGCUUCACUGAUGCCAAAAACUUGGACCGUCAUUUCAGGGAGUCAGUAAAAUAUUUAGAUUUAAUGAAACCAAAUCAUCAUCAUUGUCCUUUAAGUACCCAGGUCCAGCCUGAGCAUCCACUAGAAGAUGACUUCUCUUCUUCUAUGACAUGACUGACUAAUGAAGUCCAAGCCCUCCUGUUUUCCAGAUUUUGGAAUCUUGUUUCUAGACAGUUGAUAGGACUCCUUGCAAAGGGAGUGUGUAUACCUACACAGGAUAUCAUAGGCGCAGAAAAAAUGUAAACUUGUAUCCAUAAACCAUGUAGGAUUCAAACCCCAUGAUGCCAGUAUCUGAACAGUGAUCAGCUGAUAUUACUUAACAAAAUCUAUAAGUAAGUUUCAGGGAAGAACUAGGUUUACUGAUAUAUAUUUUUUAUUUUAUAUAUAUGCAAUCCAUGGCAUACGUAUCAUGAUUUUUGGUAAAUCAAAAGUUUUAAUAAAUGUUAAAUUGAUAUCAUAUUUAUUACUUGUUACAUAUUUUAGAAAGGUUUUUUUAUAACAUAUAAAAUAGAAGUUACAUCAGCAAAAUUACAGGUCAUGAAAGUAAUGAAUUUCUGGUACUUCAAGGCAUUAACAGUCUGUACUCCAUUUAGUUUUCAGAGGUUUGUCAUCUCGGUGAUUAUAUAUUCUCAUUGCAGGGGUAACAUAUUAUGCAUUGAAGGCAAACAGGGUUUCUGCUUAUAUAGCAUUAACUAUUCAGUUUUCUUUUUUUUGGGGGGGGGAACAAACACAUAACAUGUUUUCAUUUUUUCAAAAUUACUCCCGCUGCAUGAAAUUCCUUUGUUUCUGGAACUUAUCUAAGACAAAACUGAAGCUCAGUUGUGAGUCAGUGACUUUCCAGUCUAGUGUCCAUGUGGGAGGAUCUCUAAUUAAUGAAUUUAAGUCUCUGAACAUAUGAAUCGUUCUUGUCUGAACUGUAACAUAAUGAACGUGUUCACUGCGCUUAUAUUAAGAAUUUUGAAGUAAGUCCACAGAUUGUCAGAAUUUACAACUAGUGCAGUAAUUUGCACAUUUUUUGUCUGAUAUGACUACAUCACUUUUUGUCAAGUUAAAAUAAAUUACUUUUGGCCAGGCAAAACGUUGUGUAACGUUUUGCUGUGGGUUGAGUGACAUGUAGAGAGUGACAGAGAGAUCACUGCAGGGUGUUUGGUGAACAGUUGGAGGGGUUGCAUUUCAUUGGCCCAUAAUCCCAGUCUACUGUUCCUCCUGGUCUAGACUAGGCACCAAUUCCCUCUCACUCACCCCUUCCACUGUUUGUCAUAAAAAUAACAAAAUGAUACACACACUUGCAUAUUCAUGCACACAUGAACACAGAGCAAUGUACACACUUGAAGACUGAAGAUGGAGGCAGCAUGUGCCUUUGAAACAUUAUUCAUGCCCACAACGACAAUGUGUAACAACCCAUGAACAAAAUUAACAUCAAUAACUAACAAUCACAGAAUCAUAAAAUAUUGAACACCUUCAAUUCAUUUUAAAUGAUAUACAGUUUUGCUGUAGACUCUUCCCAAAACACUAUCCCCAUGUGAUUGGCUUUCCUGACAUCCACUGUUUCAAACUAGAAGUUUCUGUUUAAACUGAUGAUUGCUUUUGGACAGCCAAGGCUCUCAUAGCAGUAUCUGUCUACCAAAUUAUGUUGUGCUGUAUCCUGUAAGACAUUAACCUUGACAAUUGAUUUGUCUACUUACAAGUCACUGCUGGGAUUGUACACUUCUUUCAACUUGUUAUGUAUGUCUGGGCCAUGUUUCUUUGUGCAGGAUGGCACAGUUUUCAUAGUUUUUCAUUGAAUAUUAUCUCUAUCAUUGCUUACCAUCAAAGAGUUAUCACUUUCUUAAAAGAAAGUUGAAUUUUCUCCUUCAUGAGUCUUCUGAUUUUAAGUUACGUUUAUGCUGCCUGUCAUCUUUGAUUCUGAGUUCUUGAAUCUAGAUUAAAAAUUUACAAGUAGUUACUAUAGGAUUCUGA